AUGAGUGAUAUAUCAUGGGUAAUAACUGAAGCGGAAAUGCGAGAAAAUGAUAUCCAAUUCUCGUCCCUUAAUCCAGUGAAUGGAUUCGUUUCCGGUGAACAGGCACGGCCUUUAUUCAUGAAAUCUGGUCUUUCACCAGCAAUUCUGGCUCAAGUAUGGCAUUUAGCAGAUUACAGUAAGGAUGGUAAGAUGGACCGAACUGAAUUUUCGAUUGCUAUGCAUUUAAUCCGUGCGGUAUUAGCUGGUGCAACGCUUCCGCCAGCUCUUCCGGUCUCCUUGAAGCCUCCAAUGGCUAUGACCCCAUCAUUUCCUCCACUGAUCGCGCAUACGCCAAUAGUUAGGCCAGUAAUGACUUAUGGCGGAGUUCCACCAACUGCAGCGCAAAAUUUGAUGACUUCUGGGAAAAUACAAGGUGAUUGGACCAUACCGCAUCAUAACAAAUUGAAAUAUUGUCAGCAGUUCAAUCAGCUCGACAAAAGCAGAAUUGGAUCACUUAGUGGUGUCCAUGCAAGAAAUAUUUUGGCACAAAGCCAGUUGCCGAACUCUGUUUUAGCUGAAAUCUGGAAUUUAUCAGAUCAUAACAAGGAUGGACGGCUUAGUGUAGAAGAAUUCUGUGUUGCGAUGCAUCUGAUUGAUUCAGUCAAAACUGGUUAUUUGCUUCCAAAAACCCUUCCACCUGAAUUAGCAACUCACUGUUCACGUUCCGUUUCCGAUUCACCAGUGCUUGAUCCGAAUGCACCCCCUGCACAAAAAAUUCAAAUACCGAAGACAUUUGAAGACAAACGCCGAGAUAAUUAUGAUCGUGGGCAAGCAGAGUUGGAUCGGCGUCGUCAAGCAUUACGUGAAGAGGAAGAGCGACGUCGUGCAGAAUUUGAGAAGAAAGAAAGAGAAAUGGCAGAAAAGAGGGAACGAGAAAGGGAGGAAGCUGAAAAGAGACGUCAAGCUGAACGUGAAGCAGAAUUAAAACGUGAGCAGAAACGUGAAGAAGCUCGUCUAGCAGAAGAAAGACGUAUUUUGGCAGAAAAAGAGGAAGCUAGAAAAGAAAUGGAAAGGCAGCGAAAAGCUGAUUUGAAUGCUCUAAGAAUUCGAGAAAUUAAAGCACAACGUCAAAAUGAAGUGGAUAGCACUCUGGAACGACAGCAACGGCAGAAAAGUUUAUCCUUUCAGCUUCAAGCUCUUGACGAGAAAUCAACAGAGUUGAACACCAACAUCACACAAGCAAGAGAUCUGAUUGUUGGUAUAACCAAAGAAAUAGAAUCAAUGAAAGUCAAACGUGAUGAAAAAACAGAAAAGAUUCGAUCACUGGAAAUAACAAAGCAACAAUUGAACGUACAGUAUGAACGACUGGCCCACGAAAGUCUCCAAAUGCAGGUUGAAUGUCGUAAUAGAGCGCAAAAAGUCGAAGAUCUUGAACAAGCGAAAAAUGAAAAACAAUCUCUGAUUGCUCAAAUAUCUGCUUUGAACAAGCAAUUGAAGGAUGCAAAUGAAAGAGCAAAAGUUCAACAACAGCUGGUUACUAAGAAAGCAGAAGAAUUGAAUGAAUGUGUUUUGAAAAUGACUCAACUUUCGACGCUGCAUUCUCAGUUGUACCAACAGAUUAAAAAUUUGAAGCCGAAAGUGAAUACCAUAGUUUCCGGACAAAAUGGUGAUGCGCCGAAUGCUAUAACAACAUCCUUAUCGAAUCACUCAGUUAGCAAAUCUCCAUCAGUUGAUUCGAAAAGCGUUACAAAUGGAGCAGUGCAACAGUUUUCCGUGCCCAAUAAUUCAUUACCAAAAGGAAAUGGUGCUACCGGUGCAGUGAAGUAUCGUGCAUUAUAUGAAUUCACUGCUCGUUCAGAUGACGAGCUUAGCUUCCAACCAGGAGAUGUUAUCCUUGCAUUUGAAAAUCAUGCCGCAGAACCGGGCUGGUUAGCUGGACAGAUGCGCGACAAAGUAGGGUGGUUUCCCAUAGCAUUUGCCGAACCGAUGGUACCUGUCAAUGCUGUUCCUACGCAGCCACCACAGACAGUAUCAUCUGUUACGACUUCUCCAUCAAGUGAACCGUUGCAGAGUAUUGUAGAGGAACCAGCCGCAUCGAUUGUUAAAUCAACUUCAGGAUCUUUCGAUGCUUCAUCGACGGACCAAGAAAAACAGUUGCCGGUUCUGGGAGCAGCAGUUGCAUUGUAUCAGUGGAAGGCGAGAAAUGAUAAUGAAUUGAGUUUUUCGAAAGGAGAUGUCAUCGAGAUCCUGGAACAACUGGAAAUGCGUUGGAAGGGUCGUAAUAAGUCUGGCGCAGUUGGCUGGUUCCCCAAGUCAUACGUUUCAAUGUCAGGUGGAGAUGCUAAGGUCGAUUUGAAGGACAAUUUGACGAAAGAUCAAGUUGAAAAGUCAAAAGAAUCCAUGGGAAAGGAUACUUCUGUAUCUUCGUCUACUCCUUCAGUUGGUGCAGUAUAUGAUGUUGUUACAGUAGAAGUACCGGCUGAAUCGACAUCAGGCGAAUGGUACGUGGCAUUGUAUGAUUUCCAAGCAAUGGAACCAACAGAUCUCGAUUUGCAUGCUGGUGAUCGUAUUCUUGUUACGGAAACAAUCAAUGAAUGGUGGAAAGGAACUUGCAAUGGACGAACCGGAAUUUUCCCCGCAAAUUAUGUGCAAAAAUGCCCAUCUUCAUCGGGUGAUAUGUCGCAGUCAGAAGGUGCAGACUUGGGUACGGGCAGGGCUAUUGCUGAUUUUGAAUCCACUGCCGAAAAUCAAUUAUCGCUGAAAAUUGGUGAUAUGGUGAAAAUCCAAAGCAAAUCAUCUUCUGGUUGGUGGCAAGGCGAGGCAAGUUGCACAUUUCUUGAGGGUGAAGAGCAGAUUGGUCUUCAGUUCGAGUCCCCAACUUCAAUCUCAUAUAUUAAUAUUAAAGUAAUAUUUUUGCAGAUUAUUUCCGAUAGUGGAGCUAAAAAAGCUGGUUGGUUCCCAGGUAAUUAUGUGGAAGUAUUGGGUGGAAAUGAAUUGAAGGCAGAAGCCUUAUAUGAUUAUCAGGCUCAGCGUGAUGAUGAAUUAUCCUUUAAAGCUGGUGAUAUCAUAAUAGUCACUGAUCAGAGUGAUGGCGAGUGGUGGAAGGGACGUCUGCUCAGUGACAAAAAUACUACUGCCGCACUCUUCCCAGGAAAUUAUGUUCAGUUGCGCAAAACUAUACAACCAGACAUCGAAGCAUCUCUAAAGUCAGUGACAUCAUUGCAUAGUCCAGUUAUUACAACCACUGAUCAGUAUUCCACUAUUGCUUCUAAAUGUGAAAAAGUUGCAAAGGAAUUGUUGGAUACAGAAGUGAAAUACUGCCAUGACUUAACACACUGCUAUGAAGUAUUCGCUCAAGGAUUACAAGGCAUAAUUAGUACUAGUCUUGCAAGCCAAUUAUUUUUAAAUUUUGAACAACUCAUUUUUGUAUCUACUUCUAUUGCUAAUGCACUUAAACAAUUGCCACCUGGUGAUGUAUUUGUGGAAAAGUUUGAUUUGCUUCAUGCUUAUGUUGAAUUUUGCUCGAAACAACAAGCAGCGUUGGAAAUGCUAAACGAACUUGAACACAGCAAUGUUUCCUUUCGACAAGCGUAUCGUUCAUGUUGUAUAAAGACAAAAGGAAUAAACUUCAGUUACUUCUUGCUCUUACCGAUGAAUCGCAUUACUCGUUAUCCGUUAAUUUUCGAAAAGCUUGUCAAAUAUACGGAUCCGAAUGAUGCUAAAUACAAGAAUCUUGAAAAGGCGUACGAGCUAUUGAAAUCAUUAUGUACCAAAAUUAACGAUGUCAUCAGCGCAAUGGAUAGUUCCAGCAUGCUUAUUUGGGCCCAGCAACAUGUCCACUGUGAAGCUAUACAACCACCUAUAGUCUUUCCGUCUUCUACACGAAAAGUUGGACCACGACAUCUUUUGCACUCUGGAGCUUUACAGAAGCAGUUCAAUGGCAAAAUAUUGGUUGCUUUAUUAUUUAAUGAUUUUCUGAUGCUAACAACACCUAUGGAACCAAUCGAACAGCUGGAGGAGUUCAGAAUUUCCAAAACAAGUGAAUUUCAAUUAAAUCUUUAUAAGAUGCCUUUGUUGUUGGAAAAUGCUAAAGUUGUGCAGAGCAAGGAAAUGGAUGAUUGUUCAUUUGAAGUUCGCUCCGGUGAAUUUUCUGUAAUAUUGCGUGCACCAAAUCGAAAUGCUCGGUUAUUUUGGAUUGCACAAAUUGAAAAAGCCAUUAACGAAUAUCAUAAUCAGUGCCUAUUGGUAAAGAAACCGUCGAUAUCCUCUGAUAUGUCUGAGCAAGGUCGACUUUUCGUGGAAUUGGUUUGCAUUCUAAACGUGGAUAGUGCGUUGAGAUUAUUAGGAACCCAAUCAAUACUGUGCAAAUUUCAAAUCGGUCAAUCCUCAACCUAUGCUGAUGUUGAUAUCAACAAAAAGGAGCAUCUUUGUACAACACAACUGCCUAUCUAUAAAACUGCUUAUGAUGAUUUUUUCGAAGUAGCAAUUUUUCUCAACCGAGUCUUUUCGCCAGAUCUUUGUGCAGGCAUGGUACAAUUUAUAAUUUCUUCAGGACAGUUACCCUUUGCUCACUUUGCCCGUACUCUGUUCAUUGUUUUAACCACUAUAUUAAUCCACUGUGGUAGCAGUAAAAUUGCAAUGGCGGAUUUGUUGACAACCGCAACGAUGCAUCGUGGUCCAAUGUCUAAGCAAUUUGAUUGUGAAUCAGGAGAUAUAUCAAAUUUACGACCUCGUAACGCUGAUGUAAAGGAAAAACAGCAUGGUUUAGAUAUGUUACCUGGAUGGCCUUUAAUAACAGUUGGAGCAAUCAUAGCUCUAUUUAUGGCGUUUGCUUUACAUCAUAUCGAGGAGGGACAUGUUGGAGUUUAUUAUCGAGGUGGUGCUCUGUUAACCCGUGUCAGCCAACCAGGAUAUCACUUGAUGUUUCCGUUUUUUACAUCAUACAAAUCAGUGCAGGUCACUUUACAAACUGAUGAAGCAAAGAAUGUACCUUGUGGAACAAGUGGUGGUGUUAUGAUUUAUUUUGAUCGAAUCGAAGUUGUAAAUAUUUUAUCUUCAUCAAGCGUUUACGAUAUUGUGAAAAAUUACACGGUAGACUACGACAGGCCAUUAAUAUUCAACAAAGUUCACCACGAAGUUAAUCAAUUUUGCAGUAGUCAUACACUUCAAGAAGUUUACAUCGAUCUUUUUGAUCAAAUUGAUGAAAAUUUGAAAACUGCUCUACAAAAGGAUUUAACAAGAAUGGCUCCUGGCCUUUCCGUGCAAGCAGUCCGAGUAACAAAACCUAAAAUACCAGAAUCAAUACGACAGAAUUAUGAGCAAAUGGAAGCUGAGAAAACGAAACUUCUUGUAGCUAUACAACAUCAAAAGGUGGUUGAGAAAGAAGCUGAAACGGAACGCAAAAAAGCUGUUAUAGAAGCGGAAAAAGCUGCUCAAGUAGCUGCUAUUCAUUAUAAACAGCAUAUAGCCGAAAAAGAAGCGCAGAAAAGGAUUUCUCAGCUGGAAGAUGAAAGUCAUAUAGCUCGAGCAACUGCCCGUGCAGAUGCUGAAUUUUAUUCAAGAAAGAAACAAGCAGAGGGUAAUCAGAUGCUAUUAACCAACGAAUUCUUGGAAUUGAAGAGAAUUGAAGCAAUUGCAAUGAAUAACAAAAUAUAUUAUGGUUCUCAAAUACCGAAUGCAUUUUUGGACAUUGACUUUCCAUCUGUGCCGAAACGAUCCACAAAUUGA